UGGAAAAAAACUACAGUUGUUGAUGUCAUACUAUGCAUCAAUAACUUUUCAGUCUUUGCCGUAGCGUUUACAUUUUUACAGAAACCUUGUGAUUCAAGUAAGAAGAAACUCUUCCAGUCAUGAUGUAUCGAUGAAACGUCAGUUUGAAGAACGAAAUACAUAGCUAGAUGACAUUUUGAUGCAGAUGAUCUCAAUCAAAUAUAAUUGAACUGAAUAGGUCUUAAUAACAAAAAUAUGAACAAGCAACCAGAUUUUCAUAAAGUUACAAUGAACCAAGAGCAGCUUCAAAACUAUACUGGAAGAGAAAAUAAAUCAGUAAUAGGCAGUAACCGAAAGGACUAUGCAAAAAUUGACUUUGGCUCAAUGGGAGUUAACUUAAAAGAGCAUUUCAUGUCUGCAGAGAAAAAAAACUUCUUCAAUUAUUCUCCAUCCCUUGACCUUAAAGUUCAAUCAAACCAACAUGUCGACUUAAGCUACAAUGUCAAAAGUAAACCAAUCGGCAACCCAACCACGAAAUACAUAUCUGGAAAUAUUAAUUCUGAAAUUUUGCGUGCUUUAAGAAACAAGAAAUUUGAAAAAUCUAACUUUGGACUAAUAAGUGAUGCCUUAUCGGAUAAAAAGUACGCUUAUUACAAUGAAGAAGAAAUCAACUGCACUCUUUUAGAAGGUAUUGAAGAAAAGGAUAGAAAUAAAGACUUACCAAUGGGGUGGGAGAAACAUGAAGACAAUGAUGGACCUUAUUAUUGGCAUAUUAAAUCAGGAACUAUCCAAAGAGAACCUCCCAUUUUCCCGCAAUACAAGUACAUAAAUGACGAAAAGGAUUGUAAAACUCCCGGUUAUGAGUACGAAAAUAACUCUACGGUCGACCAUUAUGAUAACUUAGCCGUCAGUCCAACCUACUCCCGUUCCGAGAUGAGGGAUUUUGAAAAUUUUUCUAUAUUGAGAAGUCAAACAAUACCCUCAUUGAAACAAGAACAGGAAAAACACACUCGAGAAUACAUGAGAAGAGGUUAUCAAACUAAGUCUGAAUCUAACAAGCUAGUUAGGUUCACUGUCAGAUCUUUAGGAUGGGUAAGAAUAGCUGAGGAAGAUCUUGUUCCAGAAAAGUCAUCAAAAGCGGUGAACAAAUGCAUUAUUGACUUAUCGUUAGGGCGAAAUGACCUUUUAGAUGUAGUUGGGCGAUGGGGUGACGGUAAGAACAUGUACAUGGAUUUGGAAGAUGGAUCACUAAAACUUGUUGAAACGGACACAUUAACUGUACUCAAUUCACAACCUAUUCACACGAUACGUGUAUGGGGCGUAGGACGUGACAAUGGCAGGGACUUCGCUUAUGUAUCUCGCGAUAGAUUAACUAGAGUUCACAUGUGUCAUGUAUUUCGAUGUGAUACAGCUGCAAGGACGAUUGCGAAUACUUUACGUGACAUAUGCAAACAAAUUAUGAUUGAGCGCUCAAUUCAGUUGGAUUCAAAUAUACAAGGAAUAACAAGUGGUUACAAAACUAAACAAGAAUCAUUCCAACCAAAAAAUCUUAAAUAUGAACCUCGGGAAUUUAGACAUUCGCAAUCAUUUCCCAUUCCAAUGGAGGAGCCAAAAAAAAUAUUGAAGGCUUUGUACGUGGGAUGUAAAGAUGUUUCUCGACCAACAGGAAUGGAAAUUAUCAAUGAAGCAAUAAAUAGUGUUAUAUCAGAAUCAAGAAAUGAAGAUUGGGAGAAUGUUAACGUUGUUAUUGCCCCGAGCAUGAUAACAGUGCGCAGUUCAAAGGCUAUUAACAUCCACAAAAAAAUGGCCGAAACAAAUGGUGGCGAAAUAAUUAAAGUCCAUUUGAACUAAAGAAAACUUAAUUCCAAAACGAAAUAAUGAAAAAACGAAGUAAUCAAUAACAAAAUAAACUAAAAACGAAGUCAUAAGAAAACGUAGUAUAAGUUUGUCAAAAUAAGGAAAAACGAAAUAAAUAAAAAACUAAACAACAAAAAUACGAAACAAUAAAAUAGCGAAUCGACUUACACGAAACAACCAAAAACCGAAAUAAGAAAAGCGAAACAAACCAUAUCCCCUUCAGGGUGCCUAUUCGCGACCUCAAAACAACAAGGUUCUAACCGACAAUUUUGAAAAAAAUGAGUUAUAUAUCCAAUCUAGGUAAAAUCGUGGUGCUCUUUCGAUUCCCGCUAUCUAUUUUGCUCUAUCUCUUUCCGUUUCGAAGAUAAGCUGGGCUACAGAGUUCUAUCUGCACAAUUUUCAUUUGAGAUUUAAACAAUAAGGUUCUAACUUCCACUUAAAACUAGUCUAAGAGCCCAGAGCAGAUUUUGGGAGUUUUUGGAUAACCGAAAAUGGGUCAUACGUAUAUGUAGGUCAUAGCGUCCUAAUGAAGAAUUUGAAAGUCUGGCAGGUUUAUUUCACGGCAUUAUAUGGUUUAUGGGGAGUUGAAAAAUGCAUUUGUUCCGAUUUUUGUGUCGAGUAUAUAACCACUUAAAUUCAUAUAGAGCCGAUAAAGGGCGAUACUUUGAUUGCAAAAAGUUCGGUCCCAGACGUUUUAUUCGCGGCAUUACCCUUGCCAGACGUCCUUGAAGAUUCGCGAAAUAGCGAUUUUUAUACAAAAGUCAGAAAAUUAUUUUUUGCAAGAUUUAUAUGCGUCUGGUGGUAGCUCUUAAAAAAUCACAACUACCUCCAGAUAAAAAAUAAAUUAGUGCCAGACUUUUAAAUCACGGCAUUAUCCCCACCAGAGAGUGAGGAUAAUGAAGAGUCCCGAAAUAGCGGUUUUCAUACAAAAGUCAGAAUAUUAUUUUUUGCAAGAUAUAUAAAUGUCUGGUGGUACAUCUUAAAAAACAACCACUACCCAUUGAUAAAAAAAAUUAGUGCCAGACGUUUCAAUCACGGCAUUGCCCCCACCAGACAUCCUUAAAGAGUCGCGAAAUAGCGAUUUUCAUACAAAAGUCAGAAUAUUAUUUUUUGCAAGAUGUAUAACCGUCUGGUGGUAGCUCUUAAAAAAUCACCACUACCCAUUGAUAGAAAAUAAAUUGGUGCCAGACGUUUAAAUCACGGCAUUACCCCCACCAGACGUCCUUGAAGAGUCUUGAAACAGCGAUUUUCAUACAAAAGUCAGAAUAUUAUGUUUUGCAAGGUAUAUAACCGUCUGGUGGUACCUCUUAAAAAAUAACCACUACUCAUUGAUAAAAAAAAAAUU